ACCCACAAUUAUAAACAUCCAACAAUCAAAAACAGAAAACAAGCUCUUACCAAUGGAAGAUGAAGCAGAGAUUUACGAUGGAGUUAGGGCACAGUUUCCCUUUUCAUUCGGGAAAAAAACUAAACCUCAAACCCCACUUGAAUCCUUCCACAAAGCUACCCGUCGAUCCGCUGAACAACCACUACAGCAAAUGCCGUCGGAAAAACUCUCCGCCGAUUCCUUCCCUUCUCUCUCCUCUUCCUCCAAAGCAUGGCUUGAUUCCGUUCGCCCAAACCCUAACCCUAAACCCCAUGACUCUGAUGGUGCAGAUGAGGGGAUGGUGGGCCCAGCUCGACUGCCGCCCGUUCAGGAGGAGGAUGAUGGGGAUUUGAUAGGGCCGCCUCCCCCUCCGGUGGGCUCGAUUGCAGAUGAUGAUGAUAUAUCCAUGAUUGGGCCCCCGCGGCCGCCGGAGGGUUUCAAGGCAAGAACAUUUGAUGAGGAUACAGAGGAUGAGGAUGAAGAAGAGGAUGAAGGUACUCGACAUAGAAUUCCGACGAGCAAUGAGAUUGUUUUGAAGGGACAUACUAAGGUUGUUUCUGCUCUAGCAGUUGAUCCUUCCGGAUCGAGAGUACUCUCUGGUAGUUAUGAUUAUACAGUUCGUAUGUAUGACUUUCAAGGCAUGAAACGAGAUUUAGGAUCAUUCAGACAAUUAGAACCAUCCGAAGGGCACCAAGUUCGAGCACUCAGUUGGAGUCCUACAGCUGGAUUCUUUUUGUGUGUUACCGGCUCUGCUCAAGCUAAGAUUUAUGACCGCGAUGGGCUUACCAUUGGGGAGUUUGUGAAGGGUGAUAUGUAUAUCCGCGAUCUUAAGAACACUAAGGGUCACAUAUCUGGUAUAACUGGCGGAGAGUGGCACCCAGAUAAAAAGGAGACCAUCUUAACAUCCUCUGAAGAUGGUUCACUUCGGAUAUGGGAUGUGAAUGACUUCAAAUCCCAGAAGCAGGUUAUCAAGCCAAAGCUUGGAAGGCCUGGGAGAGUCCCAGUCACAACAUGUGCAUGGAAACGUGAUGGAAAAGGCAUUGCUGGUGGAAUAGGAGAUGGAUCUAUCCAGAUAUGGAACGUCAAACCUGGGUGGGGAAGCAGACCAGACAUUCUUGUUGAAAAGGCUCAUUCAGAUGAUAUUACUGGAUUGAGAUUUUCAAGCGAUGGUCGUCAUCUGUUGUCUAGAAGUUUUGAUGGCACACUAAAGGUUUGGGACUUGCGUCAAAUGAAGCAGUCUCUUAAGGUGUUUGAGGAAUUGCCAAAUCACUAUGCUCAAACAAAUAUUGCAUUUAGUCCAGAUGAGCAGCUCUUUUUGACUGGUACAUCUGUAGAAAGAGAUAGCCCAACUGGAGGGUUGCUGUGCUUUUAUGACCGGGAAAAACUUGAACUUGUAUCAAAGGUUGGCAUCUCCCCAGCUUGCAGUGUCGUACAGUGUGCUUGGCACCCAAGGCUAAAUCAGGUUUUUGCCACAGCUGGAAAUAAAAGCCAAGGAGGAACGCACGUACUGUAUGAUCCAACCAUGAGUGAAAGAGGUGCUCUUGUGUGUGUUGCUCGUGCCCCAAGGAUGAAGUCAGUGGAUGAUUUUGAAAUUCAGCCAGUUAUACACAACCCUCACGCACUUCCCAUGUUCAGAGAUCAACCAAGUCGCAAACGUCAGAGACAGAAGAUACUGAAGGACCCAGUAAAAUCCCACAAACCAGAGCUCCCUAUGACAGGACCUGGCCAUGGAGGGAGAACUGGUACAUCUUCGGGUAGUCUAUUAACACAAUAUCUGCUCAAGCAAGGAGGCAUGUUGAAAGAAACUUGGAUGGAUGAAGAUCCCAGAGAAGCUAUACUCAAGUAUGCUGAAGCUGCAGAAAAAGAUCCUAAGUUUAUUGCUCCAGCUUAUGCUGAGACCCAGCCAACGACGGUGUUUGCAGAUUCUGACAAGGAAGAUGAAGAGUGAUGUACUAAUGUACUUAGGUUGUAUCAUCAUCCAACAAACAUGAACAAAGUAAGUUUACCUUGCAUUAACUGCCAAAUAUUAAGGCAAAUUAUAAGGCCCUCACAAGUAGCUACAGCCUACAGGGGUAGAAAAUUAAGGGAACUUGUGUACUUCCUUCAUUAUCGGAGAACUAUUCUCAAACUCCGAAGCUUAGCAAUUUAGCAUAGAGAAUUGUACAUGUUGGUCUUUCUGCACUUUUCAGCCUUGUAGUUGAAGUUGUAUUUGUUAAGAAUUGUGGAGGAAAAGAAGAAUGUAAAACAAAAGCAUAAAUUUUUUAUGCCUUAAACACAAUUACUUUACGAAAAUGCCUUGUUAUCAGCAUAGUUCGGAAA